AUGAACAAAAUGAUGCCGCUCAUUGAAAAGGAACACGUUUUAGAAGUAGCCCACAAGGCCCGGCUGCUGGUGUCCCUGCCAGGGGCAGCAGAGGGAGAGGAGGAUGCUGGGUGCUGGAGCGGAGGGGCCUCGGGCUUUAAAUCUUGGCGCCAGGAGGCAGGUCUCCCGACCCUAGACUUUCUUCUGGCGUCAGGGGCACGCACACACUCUCUUUGCUAUGACUUCACCGUCAAUUGUAAGCCAGCACCUGGACAGCAAUGGUGUACAGUCCAAGGCCAGGUGGACCAGAAGAAUUUUCUCUCCUAUGACUGUGGCCUGGACAAGGUCAAAUCCUUGAGUGCCCUGGGAGAGAAAGUGAGUGCCACAAUCACCUGGGAAGAGCAGAAAACGGCACUGAGAGAAAUGGGGGAUAUGCUAAAACAUAAACUGGCUGACAUUAAAGCAGAAAAUGACAUGGCCAGGGGUCUGCACAUCCUGGAGGGCAGGAUGUGUCGUCAGCAUAAAUCCAACAGCUCCUGGCAGUUUGGCUUCAAUGGACAGAUGUGGCUCCACUUUGACUCAGACAACAGAAGGUGGAGAGAGAUGCAUUCUGGGUCCAACUGGAUGAAAGAAAUGUGGGAAAAUGACAAGGAGGUGACUGAGUUCUUAUGCAGGUCCUCAAUGGGUGAUUGUAGAACCUGGCUUCAGAAGUUCUUGGUGCAAUGGGAGCCAGAGCUGGAGCCAACAGGACCUUCAAGUGCCAUCAUAGACAGAGUCUCCCAGGAGUCCGCAGCCAGCACCCUUAUCCUCUCGGCCUUGCUCUGGAUCCUCACCUACUUUAUCCACCUAUGCCUCCAGAUCUUCCUGACAGGUUAA